AUGGGCAGAAACGCCCCGGCCCGUCUGGCCGCAGCCAUCUUGCUGGCAUUGCAAACCCAGACAGUGGCAGCCAUUCCUUUCAACGGGCACGCUCGUGCCGUGACUAAGCCCCCAGUUAAUGGCUACACGUACCAAGGAUGCUAUUCUGAGCCAUCCAACGGCCGCGCUCUCGAAGCAGUCACCGGUGAUGACGCCAUGACGCUUGAGAUGUGCGCCAACAUCUGCUCUGCCUCCAGCAAGGCGUACUUUGGCGUCGAAUACGGAAGAGAGUGUUGGUGCGGAAGCAAGCUGGCUGACAGUGCAGUCCCCGCGGCCGACGAGUCUGAGUGUUCCUUUGCCUGCCCUGGAAAUUCUGCCGAGAACUGCGGAGCCGGCAACCGACUGAACCUUUACAAAAACGACGACAUCACCAUCCCCCAAGGCCCUUCUGCCAAGGCCCAGGCCGGAAACUACAUCUCCUUGGGAUGCUACAGCGACCUUGUACAGGGACAGCGCGCUCUUUCUACCGUGCGUGCUGAUGAUGCCAUGACUCCGGACAUGUGUGCGACCUUCUGCGCCGGAAGUGCGUAUAUGGGCAUUGAAUAUGGAAAGGAGUGUUGGUGCGGCCGCAACCUGAACACCCUCAGUCAACUCGUCAAGGACGAGACUGACUGCAACAUGCCGUGCCCUGGAGAGAAAACCAGCCUUUGUGGUGGUCCUUCGCGCCUGAACCUGUACUCUAUGAACCCAUCAGCAGCCAUCUCAAGUACAAGUUCCGCAGCAGCUAGCACGCCCACCGAUCGUGUAGGCGACUUCAUCCACCGAGGAUGCUGGACUGACGAGCGCGCCGAUGGCAGAACUCUUUCUGAACUGAACGCUUCCGACGAUAUGACUAUCGACAUGUGCGCGACCUGGGCUAUUUCCAAAGGAUACCGGUACUUUGGCAUUGAGUACUCGCGCGAGUGCUGGGCUGGUAAUGACCUGAACCCAAGCUCCAGCUCUGCGGACUUUUCUAGCUGUAACAUGAGAUGCGCCGGCAACGCGAAUGACCGGUGUGGAGGCCCCGAUCGUUUGGAUCUCUACAGUUACAGCCCUGCCCCUUUGUCGACUUCAUCUGCCGAGGAUUUGUCGGUCUCUUCAACUUCGAUUGUUUCCUCUGAGACAGGCUCGUCAACCGAAUUGGCCAGUAUGUCAGCAUCAUCCGACUUAGAUUCUUCUUCUUCUAUCGGCGCCUCGUCAACUUUGCUCGCAGAUGUAUCAGCGACAUCAUCAGAAUCCGCCUCAUCUGACUUCGUAUCAACAACUUCAAUCGUAACUGCUCAAGAAUCGACUUCAUCCGCCGAUGCGUCAGCGACUUCUUCAGACUCUACCUUCUCUGACAUUGGAUCAUCGGCUCUUCCUGCCGCCAGCUCUGCUCCAAAUGACUCGACUCUACCCCAUACAGCCAGCGCUCAACUGACUGAUGCGACACCCGGAGAUAACGCUCAGAUCGAACAGGUUGAUGGGAAGACUGUCAUUUCUUUGACACCACCCGUCAACGGCCAAGCCACCGUCACCGUUCCCGCAGCCGCGGCGCCUGAUGUCCGGCCUGGCGACUCUGUCGUGGUGCAGCUGACCUACAAAACCGAUCCCACAGUCACUAAAAAGCGCGCGGCGAAGCGUGCUGUUCUUUCGGAGUGCACCUUGACCAUGACCGUUGGAGGUACCGUCAUCUACUCAAACAGGAUCUGGACAACCGAUGGAAGCUACACGACCGUGACUAGCAUGCCUACUAGCGCCGGCGGCCUGACAACUUUGAUAAUCGUUCAGUACUGCCCUGACACCGCAGUUCCGAUAGUCAUUGGAGACGUCGGCGUUGCAUCUACACCGGCAUCGAGCUCGAGCUCGAGCAUUUCGGGUGUUAUUGUAUCGUCUACAGUCAUCAUCACCUCGGCUACGGCUUCACAAUCCAGCACCGCGUUUUUGGCUGCUUCCGUCCCCCAAACAACAACUACGCCUACUACUACCUCGGUAACUUGGUACAGUGCUCAACCAUACCAGUCCGGCGCAUGCAGCCGGGGAACUGGAUCUGGCGGUUGUAUUCUGUCUGGUGCGCCUGUGGCAACCUCUGGUUUGCUGGCGGCAGCGACUCCUAUCCCUAUCGCCAAGAACGGUGACCCGACCGUGGCCUACGAGCUUUGCGCACGCAUGUGUCAAAACACAGUCGGAUGCCAGAGUUGGGCUCUGGACAGGACCGUCUCUGACAACGCUCCUGAGUGGAAGUGCUACUUCUACUCGGGUGCCAUUCGAAGUUACGCCAUCUCCUACAACGGUCUUUACAGAGAUAUCGUCUGGUUCGGCAGUGAUUGCUAUGCCUGCUCGCCCCAAGAACAGGUUGCUUAUAUCCCCAAGUCAUUGUCGUCAAGCGCGAGUUCCAACACUGUGAAUGCCGUCAGUGUAUCCAGUUCCCCUUCAUCAUCAUCCCUCCCACUGGUGAGCUCAACCGCGAUCGUGUUGUCCAGCACUUCAUCGAUGGUUGCGGCGAACAGCAUCCCCAAGUCUAGCUCGGCCUCAAGUAUCUCAAGCACUCAACCUCCGGUUGUACCUAGUUCUACGCGGCCUCAACGACCAGGUGUGACCCCUUUCUGGUCGAUUCAGACCCUUUCGAUGCCCACUACGGUGACCGAAACUUCAUGCCCUCGCCCGACUUCCGCCAACUGGUACGAAGCCGGCUGCAUCUUGUCCGGCGCUCCUCUUCAGACCUCGGGUCUUGUAGCCGUUGCCACGGGAAUCCCGGCACCGCCGUCGAGUUCCAACCCCAACUUUGAGGCCGCCUACCAGGCUUGCGCUCAGAUGUGCGCGUCGAUAUCUACUUGCAAAAGCUGGGCUCUCGACCGAGGAUAUUGGCCUGCUGAUUAUUCCGACUGGAAAUGCUACUUUUACUCCGCCGGCGCCAGGAUCAUGGCCCCUCAGAACCAGGGCCAGUACUGGGUCGUAUGGAACGACAAGGGGUGCUAUGACUGUCCGACUCCUUCGGUGGCCUUGCUGUCGCCGACUCCCUCGCAGUUCUCGACAGCCUCGCCCAUUGUUUCCUCCACACCCGCUUCCUCUACGCCUGUUUCAUCCACUGCCGCAGUCUCCACGCUCAAUGCCGUUUCUUCGACGGCAGCCGCCCCGACAGCAACACAACCCCCAUCCGAACCCUACGUCUUCUCGGUUUCGGCGUACACUUCCGGCACCUGCGAUCCCCAGCCCAACAAUGACGGACAGACCAACUGUGCCCUCUCCGGCUGGCCCACCCCAACAUCAAUGUCCGGCCUCCUGGCCGUAGCCACCGGUGUUCCCCCAGUCCCCUCGGGCGUCUACGACUUUAGUCAACCACUCGAGAUCUGCGCCGGUGCCUGCCGUAGUGUCGCCGGCUGCAACACUUGGGUCGUCGACCGAGGUAACUGGCCUGUUGACCUCUCCAACUGGUCUUGUUACAUGUACAACUUUGUAAACGCCAGCAACUACUACCUCCCUGGAAACUACUUCCGCCUCACAACACCCGGUUCGGACUCCAGAAAGUAUGUCUGGGGAGUGACGGAGUGCUACAACUGCACACUCAGCCAGGCAAUCUCAUCCUCCCGCUCCAGCAGCAUCAUCAACGGCCCAUCUUCAACAAGUAUCGUCUUCAGCAGCAGUCCUUCCUCCGUCGUAUCCGCAACAUCAGGACCGUCAAGCACAGCAACGGCAUUCGCCACAACGUCAGCCGCAGCAGCAGCAGCAACAGUAACGACAUUCUCUGCACCUCCGCUACUGACGUCUUGCAAGGUACCCACCGCCGCGCAGUGGUACACCAACGGCUGCAUCCAAUCCGGCUACCCGACCGCGACGUCCGCCCUCCUCGCCGUCGCCACGGGCAUCGCGCCCAACGCCGUCGGCGACUACAACUUCGACCCGGCGUACCAGCGCUGCGGAAGCAUCUGCGCCGGUCUGACGGGCUGCCAGGGCUACGCGCUCGACCGCACAAACGCCACCGCCUGGAACUGCAGCUUCUACAGCGCGCCCGUCAACGCGCUGCUCCGCGACCUCAGGCCGUCCAUCGACUACCGCCCUGUGGUCUGGAUGAGCUCGCUCUGCUAUAACUGUCCUGUUCCUGCCCCUUGGCCCCCGGCCGUGUCGUCUUCGUCGUCGUCGGGAUCGUCAUCAUCCCCUGCGUCUUCCUCCACUGUAACAAUCGUAGGAUACGCGCAAACCACAUUAUCGUCAUCAUCAACGGUAUCCAUCGUCAGUUAUUCGCAAAGCACAGCCUCGCCGAGCGCCUCCGUCGCCUCCGUCCCAACGGCCUGCGUGCGCGCAUCUGCGCCGCCGGCAACUGCAAACUGCAACAUCAAGGGUUUCCGCGAGCCCGCCAACCCCACGAGAGCCACGUACGUAGAGCAGCAGGUCGACUGUGCCGCGUACUGUCUCGGUCUCGGAGCGACUUGCAAGAGUUGGGCUUGGGUUCAGACAACAGGGUGGUGCGGUGUGUACGGCCUGGCUGCAUGGGACGCCAUUGGCGACUCGGCGGUCGCUGGUCGCGCGUACAAGGAUAAUGUCAUGGACGAGCCUGGGUGUUGGAGUUGUCCGGAUGGCGUGGUGGUUCAUUACCUUCCCUCUUAG